AUGCUUCCAGGAUUUGUUGCCGCACUUCGAGCAGAGGCCGUCCCUGUGGUUGUUAAGCUGCAGAUCUUACAGUCCCUGUCUAUAUUGGUGCAGAAUGCCCAGCGCGACACUUCUCUGAUCUACUUGCUGUCCCAGGGCAUGCUGAAUGACUUCUUCGAUGACCCGCCGGACAGUAUGGACGAAGAAUCAAUGGCCUACUUCGUCACACUUCUGAAGGGCAUCGCCCUGCGCCUCGACGGAGAGCUAGGGCUGCUGUGCCUUGCGACGUGCCGGAGCACCGAGAGCAAGAGCAGUGGAGGGUACGUGGCCGAUUCGGGCAGAAGAGAAGCUGCCUUGCGCAUGCCGAUCUUCGACAGGGCUGUACAGCUGAUCGACCAUGCAGAUCAGAUGGUGCAGACCUCGGCUCGGAAUGCCACGCUCCGAAUGCUUAGCAUCGACGCGCCGGCGGUGCGUGCCGCCAUGGAGGGCACAGCAGCAGGCAUCUUGGCUCCCGAGCUGGCUGAUGUGGCCUCGAGGCUGCGCGACGGCGUCAGCUUCAGCGACGGGCUCAAGUUGGACGAUGCGAAGGCCCAGCCGGCGGCUCUCACCUCCUUGCUCGACUUCGUCGGUGACCUGCUUUUCUUAGGCAUCCCGCCACUUACUGCUGCGAUCGAACGCGAAGGCUUCUCGGCGGAAGGCGGCCGUGCGGCCUGGCAAGGGCCGCUGAUGUUACUUCAUCAGGCCGAGAAUCAUCCUGCCGUCCGUGUUUUUGAGAAGCCUGUGGAGGGGGCAACCGUGAUUGCCGAGAUAGCAAACGGCUCAUUGCUACAUGCCCUCGCCGUGAGUGGCAACUUCGUGAGCAUCUGUUGGAAAGGCAUCGACGGAUGGAUUGGUCGGAAGAAUGCUCGACGUGCCACCAGGCCCAUUCUGCUGACUAAACUGUGA